GUUUCAGCCUUGCUCUCCAUCAGGGCUGAUGCACUUCCCCCCUCCAGCUCUGUUUCUGUGUGUGCUGUCAACUGGAGUGUGAGAUGGAGAGGAGGAAGAGAGGAAAACAUUAACGGCAGGAGGAGAUUCAGAGGAAGGAAUCAUAGGAUCGUCUGGCCAGGAUGAGAGUAUUUAUAGGAGGAGAGAUGAGGAGGUAGAACAGCAGCGAGGAGAGCAGCAGAGACUGAGAGGGAGGAGGAUCCUGACACAAUAAGCCAAACAGGGAGACAAAGGAACGGGAGCAGGAGGAGGAGAGGGAACCAUGCUGCGGAGGAAGAGGAGCGUUUCCUUUGGAGGCUUUGGAUGGAUUGAUAAGUCUACAGUCAGCUCCCUUAGAGCCCGUAAGCAGGACCUGCUGACCAUCUCUAAUGUUCCUGUGGAAGAGUGUCCCCCUUCUCCCCCCCGCACAGCACCCCCCACCAUGAAGUCGGCUCAUUUCUUUGACAUGAUGGAGAAGAUGGAGCAGGUGCCUGAAGCUGCUGAGAUGAAGACGACCCCUCAGAGACAGAAGGACGACUACAUUCCUUAUCCAAGGAUCGAGGAGGUGUUGGAGAGGGGGGCACCGUACCCUCAGGUCAUCCUGCCGCAGUUUGGAGGUUAUUGGAUUGAAGAUCCUGAAACUUCACCUCCUGCUGUGCCUCCUUCAACCUCCCAGGAGGUCAGCGGUGAUGAGGUAGAAGAGGGAGGAGGAGCAGGGGUGCAGAGGAAGGAGGAAGACAGUGCUGCCCCAGGGGAUUAUGGGUACCAGCUGGAGGAGAUCAAUGAGGCUGCACGAGCGUAUAGGAAGCACUUCCUGGGCAGGGAACAUCUGAACUUCUUCUGCUCAGCCAGCAGUCUGGGAAACCUGCUGCUGUCUGUGAGACACGAAGAGGAGAAGGAACAUGAAUACCUCCAUGUCAUCAUCAGGUCUCGUCUGAAAAGCCUCUACCACCGACUAUCGCUGGCAGAGCUGCCGGACAUCCCCAGUGUGCCGGAUCUAGCCAAGCUCCUGUGUGAUGAAGCAGCCUCCCUGCGGUUCAGCCCCGUCCUCUACCCCAAGGCGUCUCAGCUGAUUGUGAACUAUGAUGAACACGAAGUGAACAGCACCUUUAAGUUCGGAGUCGUCUACCAAAGUUUCGGGCAGGUGUCUGAGGAGGAGCUGUUUACCAACAACCAGGAGACGCCAGCCUUCACAGAAUUCCUGCAGUUGCUGGGAGACACCGUGGAGCUGCAGGACUUCAAGGGGUUCCGGGGGGGUCUGGAUGUGUCUCACGGUCAGACGGGUUCUCAGUCUGUCUACACCGUCCACAGAGGACAAGAGAUCAUGUUCCACAUUUCCACCAAGCUGCCGUUCACUGAGGGAGACCCACAGCAGCUGCAGAGGAAACGCCACAUAGGAAAUGACAUUGUGACCCUGGUGUUCCAAGAAGAGGCCACGCCCUUCGUUCCCGACAUGAUCGCCUCCAACUUCCUGCACGCCUUCGUCUUGGUGCAGGUGGAGGAGCCCUGCUCGGACAACACCACCUACAAGGUAUCUGUCACAGCUCGAGAAGAUGUUCCCUCAUUUGGGCCACCACUGCCUAAUCCCGCCGUCUUCAGAAAGGGUCCAGAGUUCAGACAGUUUCUCCUCACCAAACUCAUCAACGCAGAGCUGGCCUCCUACAAGAGCGAACGCUUUGCCCGACUGGAGGAACGGACGCGAUCGGCCCUGCUGGACAGCCUCCUGGAUGAGCUGCAGAGACGCUCGCAAUGCAUGCUGGGAUUGAGCUCAGGGGCAGAGGAGGAGGGAAGGGGUGAGAACGGCCAUGCCCAUGGAGGUCUGCUGGAGUCCAUCAAGAGAGCGAUGAAGGGACGGAGCGUAUCCAUGGAAACCAUGUCACGCGGUGGGGCGGGACUACCCACCAGUCUAAGUGGGGGUGGUCUGGUCCACCUGAGCAUUGAGAGCAACGUAAAGUCUCCAGUGAAGAGGCGCUCAGGCCUGUUCCCUCGCCUGCUGAGUGUCGACAGCCAGACCGACAAACAAAGCCACAGGAGCCUCCUUAACGAACAGCGCAGCUUCGACUGCUGCCACCCGACGCUGGAGGUGAAGUCAGAGCUGCCGUCCAAUCCCAGCUCUCCAGAGGCAGGACAACGGGACAGGAUUCACCCCAAGAAGGAGAGCAAUAAGAUUUCCAGAUCCACGUCCAGCACCUGCAGCUUUAGCGUCCCCACUGAUGACGUACACCUGACAUCCACGCCCGAGGCUUCCUGUCCCCUGAUCAUCUGCCGCAGCCCCACAGAGCUGAAAAACAAGAACUCUCCCAGAUCCAACCUGAAGUUUCGUUUCGACAAGCUGACUCACUCUGCUGCUCAGGGAAACUGAACACUGAGGAGGUUUUUUUUGAG